CAAAUUAAUAUGUUACUAUAUCAUACAUUAAAUAAUGCAUAGAAAUAUCUAGCUUAGUUUUUUCACGUUGUCCUCAGUACUCUCGUGGACUUGGAAAAUGCGUGGUGUUUGUCAAAUCAAUCCCCGAAAAACAGAAAACAGCAUUAUCCAAAUGUAAAAUAUAAAUCUCAUCUUAGGCCAUCAUUAGUCACGCUGUGAAUCAUAAUCCAACAGAAACAGGAAAAAAAUUUUCAGUCUCAGUCUCUCACCCUUCCCUUUCAUGAAGAGGCAACCUCAGCCUUCAAAGUCUUCACCAGGGGCCCAUCUCACACCCCUCCUGUCCCAUUAACAUUAUCAGCAUCUACGUGUCACCUCAACCCAAACAACGUCCGCUCUAUAAAGUUUUACGAUUAAAAUAAAUAAAGCAAAUUAAAAUCAAAUCACAUCCGCCCACCUCACAACCUGAUAUAACCCGAAUAAACCUUUGGUACCGUUGGAUAUGCUACCACUGUACACCCUUAAGCCGGAUAUGAAUCGGGUAUAGGUAUAUCCCUUCAGCUUUUGAAGUCUCAAACUUUUUUUUUUUUUUAAUUUUAACCCCUACAAGAUCGAAAGCACAACUGAUGCAAACACUUCAUUGGAAUAUUCGAAGUAAAUUCUCCACAAAAUAUAAUUUUUUCCUUUUUUGCAGAUAAAAAAUGGUUUCUUUUUAAAGAACCUCAGAUAUUCGCUUCGCUAGGCCAGUCUCUCCGUUUAACUCGAACUAAUCCAAACCAAAACCUCCUUAAACCCGCAAAACACCAAUAUACGACAUCAUAUAGAAAUUUCGAUGGCUAGUUUUGGUAGAAGAAUAAAACGAGUUACUGACCCGCUCGACGACAGAGUCAAGGCUCGCCUCGUCGGCAUUAGUUACACCAGCAGCGGAAGCGAACACUCUGCUGCCGCCGUCGCCGAAGAUGAAUCUCCCUGCCUCUCGGAACUCGUUCAUCGUUUCCUGGAAGACGACCACGAUGCUGCUGAACAAACCGGUUACAACUCUGACUCCGAUCGAGUCGACUCAAACCCUGAUACUGCUGGCUGGAUCGAGAUCAUCAUCAAGUCAACCGCUGUUAACAACACGGAUUCGUACAGGAAUUUGCUUAUGGCUCAUGUUGUGAAAGCAAUGGAAAUGCUUUCAUUUUUCAAAACGGAUAAAGCUAUUUUCAGGCGUAAAGUAAUGGCUUAUCUUCGCGAGGUAGGCCACAAUGCGGCGAUUUGCAAGACAAAAUGGAGUUCCUCGGGAAACCUAACGGCCGGAAACUACGAGUUCAUCGACGUGGUACAAUCGGUACCACCCACGUGGCAAAACCGGUACUUCAUUGACCUCGAUUUUGACUCCGAGUUUGAGAUCGCGAGGCCGACGAGCGAGUACUCGAGGCUAUUGCAGUAUUUGCCUAGAGUUUUCGUGGGACAAAACGAGGAAUUGAAAAAGAUCGUCAAGGUGAUGUGUGAUUCGGCGAAAAGAUCGUUGAAGAGAAAGGAGUUGUCCCUCCCUCCUUGGAGGAAAAACCGUUAUAUGCAAAACAAAUGGUUCGGUCCGUACCGUCGAACGACGAACCAAAUCGCCGCGAGCUCCAGCUCAUUAACCCCUGCGAAUAUCCAUCCCGCCAAUGUUGUUAAAUGCCGUUACGUUGGCUUCGACGUCGCCGUCAACGGCCGUUUGUUUGUCCGUACGAGAUGAUAAUUUGGACAAACGAGAGAACAGUAAUAGAAAGAAAUGGGAGGAAUAUU